GGGCGCUGCCGCCUGGCCGGCCGCGGCUGGCCCGGGAUCAGGGAGCCGAUGUGGAAUUUCCUGCCCGGCUCGGCGCCCCUCCUGCCGCCCCCCGCCCGGCCUCGCACUCCGCUUCCGGCCGCUCUCGCUGCGGCCGCACCCGCGCCCGUGCCCGCCCCGCGCCUGCCCCGCGCCUCAUGGAGGGCGCAGGGCCCCGGGGGGCCGGGCCGGCGCGGCGCCGGGGAGCCGGGGGGCCGCCGUCACCGCUGCUGCCGUCGCUGCUGCUGCUGCUGCUCUGGAUGCUGCCGGACCCCGUGGCGCCUCAGGAACUGAACCCUCGCGGCCGCAACGUUUGCCGUGCUCCCGGCUCCCAGGUGCCCACGUGCUGCGCUGGCUGGAGACAGCAAGGGGACGAGUGUGGGAUUGCGGUGUGCGAAGGCAACUCCACGUGCUCGGAGAACGAGGUGUGCGUGAGGCCUGGCGAGUGCCGCUGCCGCCACGGCUACUUCGGUGCCAACUGCGACACCAAGUGUCCGCGCCAGUUCUGGGGCCCCGACUGCAAGGAGCUGUGUAGCUGCCACCCACACGGGCAGUGCGAGGACGUGACAGGCCAGUGUACUUGUCACGCGCGGCGCUGGGGCGCGCGCUGCGAGCAUGCGUGCCAGUGCCAGCAUGGCACGUGCCACCCGCGGAGCGGCGCGUGCCGCUGUGAGCCCGGCUGGUGGGGCGCGCAGUGCGCCAGCGCGUGCUACUGCAGCGCCACGUCGCGCUGCGACCCACAGACCGGCGCCUGCCUGUGCCACGCAGGCUGGUGGGGCCGCAGCUGCAACAACCAGUGCGCCUGCAACUCGUCUCCCUGCGAGCAGCAGAGCGGCCGCUGUCAGUGCCGCGAGCGUACGUUCGGCGCGCGCUGCGAUCGCUACUGCCAGUGCUUCCGCGGCCGCUGCCACCCUGUGGACGGCACGUGUGCCUGCGAGCCGGGCUACCGCGGCAAGUACUGUCGCGAGCCGUGCCCCGCCGGCUUCUACGGCUUGGGCUGUCGCCGCCGGUGUGGCCAGUGCAAGGGCCAGCAGCCGUGCACGGUGGCCGAGGGCCGCUGCUUGACGUGCGAGCCCGGCUGGAACGGAACCAAGUGCGACCAGCCUUGCGCCACCGGUUUCUAUGGCGAGGGCUGCAGCCACCGCUGUCCGCCGUGCCGCGACGGGCAUGCCUGUAACCAUGUCACCGGCAAGUGUACGCGCUGCAACGCGGGCUGGAUCGGCGACCGGUGCGAGACCAAGUGUAGCAAUGGCACCUACGGCGAGGACUGCGCCUUCGUGUGCGCCGACUGCGGCAGCGGACACUGCGACUUCCAGUCGGGGCGCUGCCUGUGCAGCCCUGGCGUCCACGGGCCCCACUGUAACGUGACGUGCCCGCCCGGACUGCACGGCGCGGACUGUGCUCAGGCCUGCAGCUGCCACGAGGACUCGUGCGAUCCGGUCACUGGUGCCUGCCACUUAGAGACCAACCAGCGCAAGGGAGUGAUGGGCGCGGGCGCGCUGCUCGUCCUGCUCGUCUGCCUGCUGCUCUCGCUGCUCGGCUGCUGCUGCGCUUGCCGCGGCAAGGACCCUGCGCGCCGACCCCGCCCCCGCAGGGAGCUUUCGCUUGGGAGGAAGAAGGCGCCGCACCGACUAUGCGGGCGCUUCAGUCGCAUCAGCAUGAAGCUGCCCCGGAUCCCGCUCCGGAGGCAGAAACUACCCAAAGUCGUAGUGGCCCACCACGACCUGGAUAACACACUCAACUGCAGCUUCCUGGAGCCACCCUCAGGGCUGGAGCAGCCCUCACCAUCCUGGUCCUCUCGGGCCUCCUUCUCCUCGUUUGACACCACUGACGAAGGCCCUGUGUACUGUGUACCCCAUGAGGAGGCAACAGCGGAAAGCCGGGACCCCGAAGUCCCCACUGUCCCUGCCGAGGCGCCGGCGCCAUCCCCCGUGCCCUUGACCACGCCAGCGUCCGCUGAGGAGGCGAUGCCCCUCCCCGCGUCCUCCGACAGCGAGCGGUCGGCGUCCAGCGUGGAAGGGCCCGGCGGGGCUCUGUACGCGCGCGUGGCCCGACGCGAGGCCCGGCCGGCCCGGGUCCGGGGCGAGGUUGGGGGCCUGUCGCUGUCGCCAUCGCCCGAGCGCAGGAAACCGCCGCCACCUGACCCCGCCACCAAGCCUAAGGUAUCCUGGAUCCACGGCAAGCACAGCGCCGCUGCAGCUGGCCGUGCGCCCUCACCACCGCCGCCAGGCCCUGAGGCGGCGCCCAGCCCCAGCAAGAGGAAACGGACGCCCAGCGACAAAUCGGCUCAGCCAGUCGAGCACGGCAGCCCCCGGACCCGCGACCCAACGCCGCGGCCCCCCGGGCUGCCCGAGGAGGCGACCGCCCUCGCUGCACCCUCGCCGCCCAGGGCCCGAGCGCGGGGCCGCGGCCCCGGCCUCUUGGAGCCCAUGGACGCCGGCGGUCCCCCGCGUAGCGCGCCCGAGGCUGCCUCCAUGUUAGCCGCGGAGCUGCGCGGCAAGACUCGCAGCCUGGGCCGCGCCGACGGGGCCCUGGUCGCGCAGGGCCCCAGGGAAAAGCCGGCGCCCCCACAAAAAGCCAAGCGCUCGGUGCCGCCAACCUCGCCCGUCCGCGCGCCCCCAGCGACCGAAACCCCGGGGCCUGAGAAGGCGGCGACCGACAUGCCCCCGCCUGAGACCCCCCGGAAGAAGACCCCCAUCCAGAAGCCGCCGCGCAAGAAGAGCCGGGAGGCGGCGGGUGAGCUGGGCAGGGCGGGCGCGCCCACCCUGUAGCAGGCUGUGGCUCCUCCGCGCGCAGCUCCCUCAGUUUCGCAGCGCCGCCUGCCACCCCAUGCCUCCCACGCGACUGGGCACGGGCGGCCCCCUAUUGGCCGAGCACCGCGGCUAGCGGAGGUUGCGUCUCAUUGGCUCAGGUCCUGCAGCCGCUCCUGGAUUGGAGCAGUGUGCUCUGGCGGGAAGGGCCCAUCCCGUUGGUCGAGGCCUGACAGGCGCUUAGCGAGCGACUCCCUCCCCAUUGGCCGAGUUAUGGAGCGCUCCGACCAGGCCGCGUCUCAUUGGCCAAAGAUGGGAGGGCUCCGCCUAAAGACCGUCUCUUACUGGCCACGAGUGGACUUGGUUAGGGCUACCUUCUCAUUGGUUGCGGCCAGAAGCACUUCUGCCCCGGCUGCCUCUCCCCUGCUAGGGCCUGGUGCCUCUGGCUGGAGGCUCCCUCCCUUGGCCGUCCCAAUAGAGCCCGGGGGUACUUCCACUGGCCGGGCUCCCGGGCAUCUGGUUGACCCCAGCCUGGGGAGGAGGGCUGGUCUCCGCUCCUCAGGGGCUUAGUCCGUCCCACCCCUUCCCUUCCUUGGCGCCCCGAGCCCCGGCCCCUCAGCUGUCAGCUGGUUUUGAUGGCCUCCCACUGCCCCACAUGCCGCGGGACCUCCGGGGCGACUCUAGUGGCCUGAGGAGAUGUAUUUAUAGGCCCCCAGCAGGGCUGCUCCCCCCCGGCCGGUGCCCCAGGAUGGGCUCCUCCCGGCGGGGGCUUGGCCAAAGCUUUCUUAAUAAAAUGCCUUUCCCCUCA